GUGUGCAAGUGCAUUGGCUUUGUGUUGCUUUCUUGCUUCAGAAGAACACGAGGUUUGUUGCUACUGUCCUUUCCAGUGCAUACGAUGAUUAAUAAGAUACUAUAUUUUCAUCCUUUUUUUCAGCAGUUUGUUUGGAAUUUGGAUUCGUAGUAGAGCUGUGCGGUUAACCGAAAAAUUCGGUUCUUCCGGUACUUUUUUAGCACCGAAAAAUUAUACGCAAAAGAACCGGUAGUUUCGGUUUUAAUUUCCCGUUUAACGCCCGCCAAACGCCCACCUGAUUGCAGGUUGAAAUGUUUGGAAAAUAACAAGAUUGGGCUCUUUGUGCACAAUACGCACUGUACUAAGUGCUCAAAUAGUUGAUAUAUAUUUUAGUUGUGAUAGUUAUUGUUGUGAACUUGCAUGAAAUUUUUUUAAAAACUAAGAAAUAUUUCAUCUUCAUAAAUAAAUUCCAAUUGUUCUUUUAAAAUAUUCAGAGAUUUAUACAAACUCACAAAGGCAUAAAUUCAUCCAUUUAGUAAAAAUACUCGAAACAUACAUAAAUGAGUUCAUACAUUAUUUUGUACUGUUCUUUUUUGAAAAUAACCAAACCGAACCGAGGUUUUUUUGUUGCAAAAAACCCGGAACCGAGAUAAAAUUUUUGGAACCGCACAGCUCUAAUGGACCAUUUGCAUUAUAGACUAAAUUUUGGUCUAAACAAAAAUUUCAUCACAGCUUGAAAGAGCAUCACAAAAUUAAUAUUCCAGAGUUUCGUUGCGAAAUGUUGUAAAAUGCGGAUAAUAUAGCCUUGCGAAAUUUGCAAUUUUCAGUCAUUUUGUUUUACAAACGGGAAAUUGAUGCCCCAACACCCGAUUGGGCUGUCAAUUUCCCGUGCGUAAUACAAAAUGACUGAAAAACGGCAAACUUCGCAAGGCUAUAUUCGCAUUUUACAACAUUUCGCAACGAAACUUUGGAAUAUUAUUAAUUUUGUGUUGCUCUUUCAAGCUGUGGUGAAAUUUUUGUCUAGACUUGUUUAGAUCAAAUUUUAGUUUAUAAUGCAAAUGGUCCAUUCGUAGUCAUUUGACUAUGAUGUAUCGAAACAAGUUUCUAAUAGUUUGUUUCACUAUUAGUGUAAGCGUAUCAAUGACCGGUCAAAAACAGAUUUUGAUCGAGCUAAAAUCAAGUUGACCGGAGACCUACAGUAGGCUAUCUCCCGUUAUUUUGAGCCCUGCAGAAUAACAUGCACUUUUGGAGUAGAUUUACAGUGCAAUUAUAAUUUUGGCAUGGGUAAUAUUUGGGUUAUUCUCAGAAGAAAUGUAAUAUAUCUUAAGAUUAUGGUAAAAAAAUAUUACAGCCUCAUAAUUUUUCACUUGCCGGAUAUGACGCCAUUAGAUAAUUUUAGCAACAAAAUAAAAGACAACUAAUUUAUAAUUCAUCUAAUGAUGUCAUAUCUGGAAAUUUUGACAGUGAAAGAGUUAACCAAGAUUAGAUUUUUUUACUAUAAAAAUAUCUUGUACUUCGUCUUGGAAUGCCCAAAAUAUUACCCAUGCUUUGACAUGGGGUUAUUGGCAGUUUAAGGCCAUUUACUGUAUAAAUGUCCUAGGAGCGUUGUACAGACGAAAGGAAAUCACGAUAAAUUUUUGCUUACUGUGAUUUCUGUUUUUGUUGUGAUUUCUGUAUUUGAUGGUGAUGUCAUCACAUGUUUUUCCCUCCUUACUGCAUGGAAAAUAAUUGAAAGAUCAAAAUGCUUGAAAGGCUCUAGACUAAUUUUCUUACGAUAUUUUUCCUCACAUUUUUGUAUAGUUAUAUAUAGGAUUUAUUUCUUUCCCUUCCCAAACAAUUAACAGCUGUCAUGAACUGUCUCGUACCCACGUACAACCCACGUGCAAUAUAACGAACUACACACGGAAAAAUCUCUCGUCUUGUCGACAAGAUGUGUUCGCAACAGGCUUUUGGCAACCACAAGUAACAAAUUGUAACAGUUUUGUUAGUUUGUCAAGUUGCUACAAGAUUGUCACUCGCAGUUUGUUAGUUAACAAGUUGUUAAGUUGCAGCAGUGACAACAAGUUGCUGGAAAAGCUCGUAACAAGUCUGUUGAGUCGCCGACCUUGUGACAAUUUGUCAGCAAGCUGGGAACAAGCAGUGCGAACACAUCCUGAUAACAAGUCGUUUAAACAACAUUGGUGUAAGUCUGCAGCAGAUUUGUUGCACGUUGUGCGUUUUUACGUGUGUACAGUAAAUGAACAAGAGACUUUGACUCUUCCCAACAUCCCCUUGGCGUGUUGCCCAUCCAUAUUAAUACUUAUGCCUGGUUCACACUGGUCGUAAGAAUCGGGGAUUUCCAUUGUCUGUGGUCAUUGGUGUGCAAAAUGCUUUGUCUGUCGGAAAAGAAUACAAUAGAUCGCCGAUGAAUUACGACCAGUGUGAACCAGGCUUUAGGGACGAGGCAGUUUCAGGAAUGAAAUCCAACAUUCAACGGAAAGACAAUUGCUGGAUUAGUUUGCCAGUGGCAAAAUGAAAGUUGAAUACAAAAUGAAAAAAGUAUAAUAAUUUGAAUAUGCAAUGUUGUCAUUCUUAUAUUUCAUAUAUUUUGUUUCAGGAUCUGGUUGAUUGCGUGACAGCUCUUCAAAACGUGUUUUCAUCGACCCAUUCUGCUGCAAAGUCUGAUUUAUUCUGCGAAUGUUUAUUUUCCUGGGCCCUUCUUUUGUCUAUAUCUCCCGAUAGUUUAGUUGAAGAGUGUGUGGAAAAGUAAGUCGACGUUAUUAGAAGUUAUUAGAAACUCAUUAGAAGCCAGUGACAGGCGAAGUACGUCGUCUGCUCCCUUUAUAUUCGCCUCUACUUCCUAAAUGUUCGCCGUCUACCUUUCUUUAUUUAAGAAAAACGAAGCCUUUUUAUCGCGUUCUUUGAAAAUGAGUUGAAUUACAUGUGUUGCUUUUUGUGCAUUUUUAUUUUGUACGACGUCUUAUAUCCUCUGAAGUCGCCUCCCAAAGAACAAGAAAUGGCAUUUCAGGAUUUCAACUUUUUCCGAGGGAAUGCAAGUUUUUCUCGAGUCGUAAGCAAUCGAAAGCAUCUUUUUGCCCGCAUAGCCUGUCCCUAAUCCUAACCCUUUAUAGGACUUGUAGCUGGGGGGGGGGGGGGGGGGGGGGGGGGGGGGUGUUAAGGAGUUGAGGCGCGGGCUGCGAAAAAUUAAGGAGGCGUGGCCGCGCUUCAAACCCCACCUCCUAAAAACGGCAGUCACGCUGGCUAAUGAGAACCCCAAUUGUAAAACGUUGGGUUAAGAUUUGGCCUAAUUCGGGCAAAUAUUAAGCACCACUAGAGAGAUAGACCUUUUAUAUGCUAUGACUAGGUCGUAGUCACGAAUAGACCCUGGGAAAGUUUUUUUUAAGUAAGCCAACGUAUUUUGGGUAUGUUGAAGUUCUGUUGUAAUGGUAACCGGAACAUUAAAAUUUAUUCAUGUUUCAAUUCUGAAUCAGUUUAUUUUACAUUGAAAAUACCACUUUACUCAAAAUAAAUGGGUUUGUCCAAUCGUUUAAUAAAUGCUUGAACAUUAAACAUGACUCGUUGUCCUUCAUCGUUUCCGCUUAAUAAUUGCUUGAGUAUUAAGCAUGACUUAUUUCAUACACGCGUAUUUUUCUUUUAGACAAUGUCGUAAAAUUAUAAAGUUAAUGCAACAGGAUGACGUCAAUUUACGGAUAGCAGCCGGCGAGGUUUUCGCGCUUAUCUGUGAGCUGGGACGAGAGAAAAUUGAAGACUUUGAACCCCGGCAGUUUGGUGUAUUGGACAUUCUUAAAGAUCUUGCGACUGAUGGCACAAAACAUCGAGCAAAGAAAGAUCGCCGGCAACAGAGAUCAAGUUUUAGAGAUAUACUGAGAACCAUCGAGGUAGGAUAGAUUGUCUUCAAGCAUUUUGGGCAUCUCACGAGAUAUAACUAAUUGUCGAAGGGAUUUGUGGAAGUGGAAUUUUUUAUACAUUUAUUAGACCUAACCAGGAGCGAAAAAUGCAACAAUUGACCCUCUGGCAGAAAUAGAACCUGCGAUCCUGCGAUUCCGGUGCAGCACUCUAGAUAACCAACUCUAGAUAACCAACUCUAGAUAACCAACUCUAGAUAACCAACUCUAGAUAACCAACUCUAGAUAACCAACUCUAGAUAACCAACUCUAGAUAACCAACUGAGCUACUGAGAGACAGUUGUCGAGCUCCAAUCACAAGUCCAUGCUCGAUAACUGUCUCUCUGUACAGUGUGUAUCAAAAUAAUUCGAAUCCAAAUUUGACAGACUGC